AGCUACACCAGACUAACACGGCUAUAUUUCUAUCAUUGUAUAGAAGGUACAUGUUCCAUUCCAUUUAAAUGAAGCCAUCCUGCUGUCAUUAUAAAUCUAAAAGGUUCAGCUUUGUGGAAGGAUUUAAUGGUAACCCGUUAGCAGUAAUCGGAUUAGAGGGGCUCGUAUAAUUGCAAGGUCUGAAGAACACAUAAAAGAAAACAGAGUUCAGACUUGCCACAGAGGACAGGCAUUGAGCUGUGUGGUGUAGAAUCAGCACAUUAUUCUCAGGCAUUGGUUUUGGCUAUCACAUUCACCAGAAAUGCCUGCAGAUUUCAAUGGUUAUUGGAAAAUGCUUAGCAAUGACAAUUUUGAGGAGUAUCUGAAAGCACUGGAUGUAAACAUUGCUGUGAGAAAAAUUGCCAACUUGCUAAAACCUGACAAAGAAAUCAUUCAGAAUGGAGAUCAUAUGAUCAUUAAAACGCUAAGCACAUUUAGAAACUACAUCAUGGAAUUUGAUGUAGGAAAAGAGUUUGAAGAGGAUUUAGCUGGGGUGGAUGAUCGCAAAUGCAUGACUAAGGUGAAUUGGGAUGGAGAUAAACUUCUUUGCAUACAAAAAGGAGAAAAAGAAGGCCGUGGUUGGACCCAGUGGAUCGAAGGAGAUGAAAUGCAUCUGGAAAUAAGAGUAGGUGGUGUCAAAUGUAAACAAGUCUUUAAGAAGGUACAGUAACCCUGGGCUGACCAUUGCUGGUACAGAGCUGAAGAACAGAAGAAAAUGUAUGGAUUUGCUACCAAAGCUCUAAGUGCCAUUGGUGCAUAAAUAAAUCCUUAAAUUCUAGAGAGUAGAUCCUGGUGAACAUCUGUACACAUGAAAGUAAAACUGUGUAGUGCUGUCUGCAUAAAGUAUUUUUUUAAAGAAAGCAUUCUGAAUAAACACAAUUUUUAGAAAUGCCAAUUAAAGAUAUUGCAAAUCAUACAUCUCU